UUUUUCUUACAUGAGUCCUGUGCUGCAAAAGGAUCGUCGCAGCUGCUAGCGCGUGAGGAAUAAAACGACGAGCAAUGAGGAUGCCCGUUCUUCAUUUUUAUGACGUGCGCUACACGCGCCGCAUUGCGCGUGCAGAAGUAGAAUCUCCAACUCCCGUCCCGCGCUCCUUCUGCCGCCAACAAGAAAUCGUUACUCUUCUUCGUUCUCCUCUCGCCUUCCGUACCACUUUCCACACUCACUCAACCACAGCAGAGCAGAGCAGAGCAGAGCAGGCCAGAGAGGGGAGAGACGAAGCUUCCGGUUCAGAGCGACUGACAAUGGCGUUCACGAAGGAAAGAGAGAACUACGUCUUCAUCGCCAAGCUCGCAGAGCAAGCCGAGCGUUACGAAGAGAUGGUUGAUGCGAUGAAGAAUGUGGCGAAGCUCAACCCGGAGAUGACUAUGGAGGAGCGGAACCUCCUCUCUGUUGGUUACAAGAACGUUAUCGCCGCUCGGAGAGCAUCCUGGAGGAUCCUGACGUCGAUCGAGCACAAGGAGGAGGCGAAAGGGAACGAUUACAACGUGAAGAGAGUCAGGGACUGCAUGCAAAAAGUCGAGAUCGAGUUGUCGAGCAUCUGCCGUGAUGUUUUGAGCCUCUUGGAGGAGUGCUUGAUCCCUUUAUCCGUUCAUGCGGAGCCUACAGUGUUCUACUACAAAAUGAAAGGAGAUUACUACCGAUACUUGGCGGAAUUUAAGGCUGGGGACGAUAAGAAAGAUGCCACUCAGAAUUCUAUGAAUGCUUACGAGUUUGCAUCGAGUAAGGCAGAGGCUGAACUAGCUCCAACCCAUCCAGUCCGUCUUGGGGUGGCCUUGAACUUUGCUGUCUUCCAAUAUGAAAUCAUGAACUCUCCUGAAAGGGCCUGUCACAUUGCAAACCGAGCUUUUAAUGAUGCUAUCUCGGAGCUGGACACUUUGAGUGAGGAACUUUACAAAGACAGCACCCAGAUUAUGCAGCUUCUCAGAGACAACCUCACUCUAUGGACUCCUGACAUUCCUGAGGAUGCAGACAUGCAAAAGCCGGCAGCUGCUGAUACAGAUUAGGAUGUUGCUCGAGGAAACCAUUGAUUCGGUCUGGGUUGAUUUAGCCCAGAGGGAUACUGAAAUUCCACUGAUUUUCUCUUCUCCAAUUUCGGCUUUUGCCCUUUCUUAACCAAUGUCAAUAUGCUAUAGUCAUGUAACCGUUCAUGUGAUCCGACUUUCACCAUUGCCAUGUCAAAUUGAUCUAUGCCGCUGAUCGGGAUUGAAAGUUCUACGAGCUCGAAA